AUCACAUCACACAUCACACCCACGACCAUGGCCUCUGCCGCAACAUACCCCGACACCCUCCCGGACGUCUCCUCCGCGCGCGCGCAGCACGCCCAACAGCGCCGCGAGGCGGUCCGGCAACGCGUGCGCGCGAGCCUGCCGCCGCUGCCGGAACUGCGCUUCGAGCAGGCAUACCUCCGUUCCGUGCUCCCCGCGCUCUCGCCAUCGCAGAAGAGCGACGGCAGUGCGUCGGUCGCGAUUGUGCGGGGGCACGGGGUGGACGUGCAGUGGGGCAAGGUCGCUUGGAUCACGGUUCGGGAUCAGGUCAUCUCGCCCCUCCUCCAAGGCGUCUUCUGGGGCCUGCUCGGCAUCGUCGCGGGCGGCGCGCAGACGUCCCUCCGCGCGGCGCUCGGCUGGCCCUCGGCAAGCAAGGCCAAGGCAUAGGGUGUGGACGGAAUGGGCGACGGCGUGAUAGGACGGCGCGGCGCGUACGGCGCGAUACGGGAUAGGAUCAUAGGGAAGACUGGACGACAACACGGCAGACACAAUACGAUAGAGGGCAAGAUAGAAGCAGCAGCAUCUCGGCCCGGCACUGGCGUGCCGGCCCCUUUACACCCCGCACCCAUGCAUAUGCUAGCUGGC